CUUCGAUAUCUUGUCAUAGGGAUUUCUCUCUUGGGGUUGUCUAUUGUCCUCAAUGUUGUGCUAGCACUAAAGGUGUUUGGGGUUGAGGUUCAAGAUUCAACAGGAACAACUACCUCGAUUUAUGGUAAGACAGAUUCGGGCACGCAGCUCUGAGACAAGCGCUAAAAGUCCACAGCCAAACUACCGCAGAAUAUCGAUGAUUCGAUAAUUUGGAAUACAGAAUUUAGCGGAGAGAAUACAACCGAGGUUGACAGACUUUGGUACGAUACUAUCCCUUGGGAGAGUGGUAUAAUUGCUCUACGAAACUCGGAGGCAGAGUCCAUGGGUCUUCCACUUUCGCAGCCCUUCCCUUGGGAUGGGAAAGAAAAGAGCACAUACAUUAUUAAUGGCCACCAUAUCUUGCAUUGCGUUGUAAGCUUUCCCAAUAGCCAGAUCACCUGAGUACUUUCUGAUAACAGUUCCAGCGAAACAUCUACAUUUCAAUUCAAGAAUACCGCAAUCACCAGGAACAAAGUAUUUUUUAUCCACAUAUACUACACUGUUUAGACAGCAUUCGGCUCGAAACCCUUUGUGCAGCUGAUGAUACACCACGUUAUGUCCCAUUCAAUGGUGAAAACGAGAAGAAACCCGGUGAUGGUCAGAUCCGCAAGUGUCGAGACUGGAGUAAGCUCGAGAAAUGGGCACAAGACCACGAUGCAUGCUACAGGUACAUUGAACCCGGCAAUGACGAGAUAUCGAACCUUGAGCGCUUCAAAUUUUGUGCCAAUGAUUCCCCUUACGUCCCCAUAAUCCGUGGUUACUUUGGUUAUGAGGAUACAUGGCUACCAAGAAAGGAGACAAUUUAG